AUGAUGAAAAGUCUGAGUAGAGCACCAAACGUAGUAUCAAACUUGAAAAAUAAAGUUAAGUUUCCUGAUAGAUUUCAAGGCACCAUACUCAAGAAAUGGGCAGAUUACUGGAAGAAUCUAUUUGCAGACUAUCGUCAAAUGCUACAGGAUUUAAGGACUGAUAUUCAAGAAGACCCCGUGAAAGCAAUGAAAUGGACAGCAGGCUUGGGAGCUUUGUAUCUGUUAUCUACGAAUAACCCUGACGAACUCGAUUUUAAAGACUCUCUUAAGCGAAUAAACAACGAGACUGUUAUGUUAAGCCCUGAUUGUCUGAAUCCCAAAACAGUGGAACAUUUAUCGUAUCUGGAUACAUGCUACAACCAGGGUACGAUUCAUUAUAAAAGUUUCGGAAUCCUUUCACUCAUGUAUACAACUGACCUCAAUGAAACAUGUGAUUUGUACAAAGCAAAGUGUUCCUACUUACAACCAACCUAUGUAAGUUUACCUUCAAAGAUUAUUGAUGUAGGAAUAAUGGGUCAAUGGUGGAAUCUUUACAUAAAAACUCAUAAUUAUGAUGUUAAUUAA